AUGAGGGGUUUCAUUUUUACUUUGCUUCUCUUCUCUCUCCUGCUUGCCAUCUCAGAAGUGAAGAGUGAAGAAUCCAGGAAGCUCUGCGGGCUCCAGUACAUACGAACUGUCAUUUACAUCUGUGCCAGCUCCAGGUGGAGAAAGCACCUGGAGUCGAUCCCGCAAGGUCAGCAAGCUGAGAGAGGAAACCGUUUCCAGCUGCCUAAUGAACAGGAGAUUUCUGAGGAAAGCGCAGUGCAAAACCUUCCAAAGAUGGAUUCCUCGGGGGAGGAAAGUCUUCAGGGUGAACAGCUGCCCACGGAAGGGCUUUGGAGGUCAAAGAAGUAUUCGGUGAUGUCAAGACAAGACUUGCAAAAGUUGUGCUGCACCGAAGGCUGUUCCAUGUCUGACGUGAGCGCUCUUUGUUAG